UGCAUACGAAUCACACACAACAUUGAUGCAGCCACAAACGAGCUGAUUCUCCGGGAUGUACCAGACGAGGCAAUCCUGGUGGAGAAGAUCAACAACAAAAUUCCAGGGUUGGGUUUGCAGUUAGAUGCAUCAGAAGUAUUCAGAAGUAAACCUGCACUACAAGAACAUGUACAGGAUUCAUACGAGCACCUCCUCCUGGAUGUCGUAGAUGAUGAAAACCAUCUGUUCAUGAUAAGUAAUGAACUUGCAGCUCCACAGUGCAUUCUGUCAUAUUUUUUUCGUACAAUCUCACUUACUAAUUAA